CCCUGAUGGGCUUUCAUACUGAAUAAACUUUCUUUGAUAGUAAAAGAUGUAUAGUAUAUACGAUGUAGGAUUACCUGUUGUCUUGAUCCUUACUUAUCAAGCUGGCAUUGUAGCUGAUUGGACGCCCUGGUCCGCGUGUUCGAAGCCGUGUGACGUAGGAAUACAGAGUCGAACACGACUAUAUGAUGGGGAGAACAGGACAGAGGAGCAGUAUUGUAAUCUACAGUAUUGUCCUGACAAAGGCGUUUCUUGCUUUGGUGGGCGAUUGUCAUGCACCCAGUUUAGUGGCUAUGCCGAUUGUAUAGACGGUCUGUGUGUUUGUACAUUGGGUCGUAACAACUACAGCAAGUAUUACAACACACAGAACUGUUUCCCUGAAGUGGGAAACUGUAUAAUUCGAGAGAACCCACCAUUUGCACUUGCAAUAGUGGAAACUUUAGAUUACGGCUACAAUUUGCGCAGCUGUGUCACGAACGAUAACCAAAACUACGAAGUCCAUGUGAUCGGAGUUUAUGAAAGAAAUUCGUAUAACGUAAUUAUACGUCCAAGAGGAGGAACUGACAAACCAAUCAUCCUGGUGCUGUUAUCUUACCAUAUCGUGACAUGGAAUAUUGACACAAGCGUGCCCAUUGAUUCCAUAGUUUACUCCAUACUCCGAAAUGACUCAUAUCAACCAGUAGUUGUACUUGAGAAGUCAAAAUGUGGCUCUGCAAAAAUUAUCAGGUUUAACGAUCUCCGAUAUACGACCGGGUCGGACACAGGGGGAGGAAAUACGCCUAAAAUACUUUUGACUUUGGCGAAUUUCUAUGGUCCCGUGACGUCAUUUAACGGAGUGUACACCUUGUAUAGUCCUGCCACCAUACGUUUAGAGGUCGGAGGGAACCCUCUGUUGUUAAAUACGAAUGCCGAAUUUAAGGAUCAUGUGUGGUCAUGUAACAAAGUUUCCCCACAAUACAGUAACAUGACUUUUACUGGAACAGUUGUGCCACCUGAAGUGACCACUGCAAACAACAUGUUUUCCAAUAAUUCUGAUUGGACGCCCUGGUCCGCGUGUUCGAAGCCGUGUGACGUAGGAAUACAGAGUCGAACACGACUAUAUGAUGGGGAGAACAGGACAGAGGAGCAGUAUUGUAACCUACAGUAUUGUCCUGACAAAGGCGUUUCUUGCUAUGGUGGGCGAUUUUCAUGCACCCAGUUUAGUGGCUAUGCCGAUUGUAUAGACGGUCAGUGUGUUUGUACAUUGGGUCGUGCCUACUAUGGCUCAACAACAUACUACAGAGAGUAUUACAACUCACAGAACUGUUUCCCUGAAGUGGGAAACUGCAUAAUUCGAGAGAACCCGCCAUUUGCACUUGCAAAAGUAGAAACUUUAAAUUUCGGCUACAAGUUGCGCAGCUGUGUCAUGAACGAUAACCCAAACUAUGAAGUCCAUGUGAUCGGAGUUUAUGAAAGAAAUUCGUAUGACGUAAUUAUACGUCCAAGAGGAGGAACUGACAAACCUAUAAUCCUGGUGCUGUUAUCUUACCAUAUCGUGACAUGGAAUAUUGACACAAGCGUGCCCAUUGAUUCCAUAGUUUACUCCAUACUUCGAUCUGACACAUAUCAACCAGUAGAAAUAAUUGAGAAGUCAAAAUGUGGCUCCGCAAAAAUCAUCAGGUUUGACGAUCUCCGAUAUACGACCGGGUCGGACACAGGGGGAGGAAAUACGCCUAAAAUACUUUUGACUUUGGCGAAUUUCUACGGUCCCGUGACGUCAUUUAACGGAGUGUACACCUUGUAUAGUCCUGCCACCAUACGUUUAGAGGUCGGAGGGAACCCUCUGUUGUUGAAAACGAAUACUGAAUUUAAGGAUUAUGAUUGGUCAUGUCGCAAAGUUUCCCCUCAAUACAGUAACAUGACUUUUACUGGAACAGUUGUGCCAUCUGUUCGACCGGAAGUGACCACUGCAGACAAUAUGUUUACCAGUUCGUCUUCCAGCGCUGUCAUACUCCCUACCGUAAUUGCCUGUGCUGUAGUUGUUACAGUUAUAUGCAUCAUAGUUGUGAUAGCUAGAAAAAGAAAACGAGCUAACUUGAGAUAUAUUGAAUGUGCAGCGCCACAAAGGAUUAUUAGAGGAGCACUGCUUUCAUACGCUGCCCCACCAGCGUCGUACUCCGGACCCCCCUCUGAUUCUGUACCCCUGGAUGGUUGGUCGUCCAACAUCGACUCAAUAUCAACCCAUGAGUUGUCUGGAAAUACAACGGAUGCUCAAAUGGACGCACCUCCCUCAUAUGAAUCUGUGAUUGGAAUGAAUGGACAGCUAGUUACCCCUGGUAGACCCUCACUGAUGGAAUCUGCACGCAGUGUUCCUUCUGAUGAUUCUACGUUAAACACAAAUACCGAUAAUGAUCAUUCGUUCACAGAGUCCCGAAACAAUGACACUACGCUACAUCAUGCUCCAAUGGCAGCUCAAACAAACUUUCCCCCUUCUUUAACAAGCUCGCCACCAACCUAUGAAUCUUAUAUUGCAAUGCAACAUAGAAAAACCUAGUCUGGGUGCUUAUGAACUACUGCUGGUAUAUCUUUUGUUUAUUCCAUUCACAUGUAGCAAAUAUUUGUUUUCCAUUUUUAAAAUGUACUUUUUGCACAUUAUGAACAUUAUCUCGAGUCCUGUUAUUUAGAAUAAUGAAUUAUAAUUAUUAAUUAUCAUUAAUGAAUUAUAUCCCCUUGAUAUAGUUUGUUACAAAUUGAAGAGGUUUGAGUUUGCAUAUACGAACUUCUCAUCUCCAUGUGUUAAAACCAUUCAUCCAAAUCUCACUUUGAGAACUGUUCGAAAACUUUAAUCGGCAAUGUCAGCACAGUGCACUUACAUAACCUUGUAACCCUAAGAUUCUAUCUUUUUUGAAACCACUGGAAAUGGGAUGUUGAAUGGAAAGCAUGUCCCUACAUCGAUCGACAAUCUAUUGAAAAACUGUCUAUUCAGAGUGCAGGGUUUAACAUUCAACGACAGUUGGUCGUUAAUAUUGGUGCAAAAUUAUUGAUGUCAAGUGUCAGAAAUCAGAAAUACAGAACAUCACAUUGUUGUUUGCUCUUAUUUAAAAAUGUUCAUUAUUUAACACAAAGAUAUUCGACAAGUAAUGUGAUGCUUUAAGUUGUCUAUUUUUUCAUUUAAUUGUUGUCUAUCUUGCAAGUAAUGGGGAAUUUAGCAUUUCUUUGAGAGGAAUACAGCCCCUUAACGACGGGCUGAGACCGAGACAUCACAUCGAUCCCUCAAACACAGACAUAUUAAUUACAGCCCUGAUGCAAAUACUACACUAGUUUCCAGUUGUCUUACCUUGUCCAAAACAGUCUUGUGUUUUACGGUUUACACGCUACUGUAUAGGUAAACGAUAUAUGUACGUCCCACACUAAGUACCUGACUGAGUGACCACUCUCUGGGUUUAACCAUUACCAUUGCACCCAAUGGCAUCUGGUGGCGCGUCUUCUGCUCUAGGAGCGGUUUAUCAAAGUAAACCAGCUGCGCAGGAUGUAAGGUACAUGUGUAUCGCAUGGGUUGUGGGAUUCAGGGAAGGGGUUGAUCUCAAUGUUAAGUAGGUGUAAACCAGUGAAUAAACUUAGAUAAACUAUAAGAAUGAUAAAGCAAAAACAGUAAAGUUUAGUUGUAAGCAAAGAAAUUCAAAUGUAUAAAUGCAUACGGGCUCUAAAUUCUUAUUUAAAGUGGUAGGUACUGGUACUGUGGUUACCAAGCUCGUUACCAAGAGUAUUACUUAAGGAGCAUCAACGCUCCUGGUGGAAUACCUCUGUACAAAAGACUAUAAGAUUAUAGUGUUCCUGUACACAUGUAGAUACUUUCAUUGUUAUUUGACUCGGAUUCCCGUUUGUGUCAACGUGACCAAAUUGUUAGCUCUCUUGGGGAAAAAACAGCAAGAAUACAGAUCAUUAGCAUGACUUUUGACCAAAAAAAUAAAUCCUGAGAUAUUUUACUGCUAAUUCAGAUGGUCAAUAGAUCAUAAACUGUGUUUGUGUACACAUUAGGUACUGGGAUGGAAAAAAUAGAACCAUAGUAUAUUUAUACUGAAUACUGAUACCGAACGCAACUGUUUACACAAAUACUAGUAUAAGAAAUGAAGCACACAGGAUAAGUGCAUUUCAGUUCAUAAUUCAUAUCUAUUUUUCAGUCGACGUACAUGUAAUGAAAAUGCAUUUUAUAUAUAUAAUCAUAUUUAUUUAACUUUAGUAAAAAUGACUACUUGAGUAAAUUGACCAACAAAAUAAUUCUGAUGGUGAACAGUUUAAUUAUUAUAGACAAAGAUAUCAAAAACAAAGUCGCUAUAUAGCCUUGUCACAUACUAGUAUGUUUAUUCGGGUAUUUUGACGUAAAGACAGCAACAUCCUUGGGGAUUUUAUGUAUCCUUUUUAGUACAUGUAAAAUCUUACCAAACAUUCUCACUUUGUUUGAUGGAAGUUAUAAAAAAUAAACUUUCAGAAAGAUUUUCAGAUGUAUUUGUCAAUACCUAUAUUUUUGAUCGAAAAAGCAAGAGAGACAAGUAUUGAUGAAUGGAAAAUCAAUGAUUGAUGAGCAAUCAUUAAUAUUGUCAAUUCGCUUUCAACGGAGGUUUAAAAUUUGAAUAUCAAGGGAAUUCAAAUUUUACGCUUUAGAAAUGCUGUUUUAACAGACCGAGCUUUUAGAGCGGAGUCUAAUUAGAAAAAAAAUUGUUAUUUUAUUCUAAAAGUUUUGAUGUGCAUAUUUAAGAUAACACCAGAGUUGAAAAACGUAUCAGUUACGUCCGGAUUUUGGAUUUUCUAACAUUUUAACAAAGAAACUGUAAAAUCAAUUUUGAAAAUAGUUUCCUCUAUAUUUCAGGAAUAUGAAUAUAAUUAUCUUUGAUAUGAUUUUAGUAAUAUUUUUCAUCAAUCAAAACAUCAAGACAUGGUUGUAGAUAUUAAUAAAUUCUGUAUGUAUACCAAGCGGAUUAGUAGUUCCAACUGGAAUGCAAGGCAGCUUCUUAAAAUUCUUUUUCAUUUCCUGUCAAAGACAACAAUAAUAUCGAUCGGGCGCAGCGCCAGCGGAACUUGUAACCAUAUUCAUUGCAACUUACAACUCUUCCUACAGAGGAAAUUGAGGUCAUUUCAAUUAUUAACGGGCCUUUUUUUA